GCUAAUACAAGAGCAAAUUAUUUGAUUACAUUAUUCCAGUUUCAUCAAAUUUAUAAUAUACUACUUAUGGUAUGGAGAGCAGGUGCAUUGUGGGCCUUUGAUUGGAAGAUUAUGUUUAGUAUGAUCAUUUUGCAUUUAUCUUCACUUCUCAAUGUUGCAACGAUCUUAUAUUUCAUUGGCUGUGAAGGCCAGGCUGACUGGUGGUAUAUUGCAGGAACACAACUGAAAAGUUGUAAUGUUUCCCAACUUGAAAGCGCGAUGUUUCUCCUUUCCUUCAGUACAAAUGCCAUUGCAACCUUUUUCAUUGCUCUCAAAGCAUGGCAACGUCGAGAGGCAUUCAUUGCACUUCCUGACUCACUUUUGUCCUCGGGAUCAUGGAAGAAAAGUUGUUCGCCAGCUCAGAAGAUCAUGAUCUUGUUCUUGGAAUCAGGGUUUCUGUAUAUGCUGUUCUGGGCGGCUUGUUCUUUUACUUACUUUCCAGUUGUGAUGGGAAUCAAGUCUCCCGCCUUUUUUAUGACGGAUAUAUUCAAUCAGACGCGGUACCAGGUCGUGGGUCUAUACCCCACUGCAAUCAUCCUUCUCAUCCACCGUGAAAGGAGUAGCUGGGAUACUCCAUAA